UUCUCUUAUCUUACACACCAGGAUAAGAGGAUACUAAACUAUGGAGGUUAUCAGAGAUAGAGUCACAUUUGUUUUAUAGAUGAUUGUUUCUCGCAGAAGUGUAGGGCAUCGCAGAUUUGGAAUAAUCUUUUUCUAACUUUUCUUUUUAAACUUUGCAUCAUCCACUGUCGAAGAUGUCUUGUUUUGGGGUUUGGAUUAACGCAAUUUGGAUUUUACUUUUUGCCGUUUUUGCCGUGGCUUAUUCAAGCUACUCUGAAGACCAGUGCAGCUGGAGAGGAAGUGGUUUGUCCAUGCAGCAGGGCAGCGUGGAACAGAUCUCCCUCCACUGCUCUGAGGGCACGCUGGACUGGCUGUAUCCCAAAGGGGCCGUGCGCCUUACCCUCUCACCCCGCCUGCCCUCCAUGGCAGUGGGGCCCGGCGGCAGCAGCUCGGGCCUCAUCACGGCCUGCGUCAAGCCCUCGGAGCAGUUCAACGGAGCCCAGCUGUACCUGGAGAGAGAUGGGGUCCUGGAGCUCCUGAUAGGGGACCGCUUGGAGUCCUCCCCCCCACCGAGGGUUCGCUGCUUCAGCCGCCUACCUGGGGAGAGGGUGGCUCUAUUCCUGCAAGCUACUCCUCAUCAGGACAUCAGCAGGAGGAUCGCCUCCUUCCGCUAUGAGCUGAGAGGGGACUGGACCGCUCGCUUGUCUCUGGACUCCAACCCCAUCAGCAGUGAAGAGGCCUGCAGACCCUGCAACAACACUGAGAUUCUGAUGGCUGUUUGCACCAGUGACUUUGUCGUGCGAGGUAACAUCCGAUCAGUGGUGGAAGACGAAAACCUACGAGCAGCGGUGAUCAAGGUCAGCGCCACCCGGGUGUUUCGUCAGAAGUAUGCCCUGUUCACCGGCACCAGUCGCCUGACCAGCCGGGGCGAGGUUAGGACUCUGCUGCAGUGUGGCGUCAAACCGGGGCCCGGAAGCUUUCUUUUCACUGGUCGGGUCCACUUUGGCGAGGCCUGGUUGGGCUGCGCCCCCCGCUACAAGGACUUCCUGCGGGCUUACACCGUAGCUAAAGCAGCCCAGCAGAUACCCUGUGAACUGCCUGUGGACUGAGUGUCUAACUCUGCAGCAGCUUGUCUACCACACAGAGUCGAGGCCGUACCGACAGCCAGGCCAAACUCAGCCCUGUUCCAUGUUUCGGAAGAAGCCAAUCUGCAACUGUUGGCCAGUGUAGCCUUAGUGCCACCAACGGAUAUCGUCUUCCCAGAGGACUAGGAAUGAAAUGGACUUUUCCCAACUCCAUUUCAGUGCAAUAUGCAGUCGCCGGGUCAGAAAGAACCUGGUGGAGCCGUGACAGGAGGGACGUGGUUGAAAUGAAGAUUAUAAGCAUUUGGCAUUGGACAGUUUUUACACAGUAAUGCCUUUAUGCAGGUUUGGAGAAAAUCUAUUGAAAAGCUUUCCAUUCGGGAUAAAUUAAGUCAGCCAUUAAUUCAGGCCUAUUGAGAGUCACUGCUUAGAAACUCAGGAAAAUAAAUUAAAAGUUCUAUAGAAAGCUUACUGCCUGUUAGUUUGUAUGCCACUGAGGACACUCUUUAGUAGGGGUGGGCGAUCUGGCCAAAAAAUACUAUCACGAUAAAUCCAAUCGGAAUCACGAUCCACGAUCUGAUUUGUGAUAUUUUUUUCUCAAUAUUGAAAUGCCCUGUAGACUAUAGACAGACUUGAAAUAGCCACCAUUAAAACAAAAGUUCAAACACUUUUUAAGUACUCACAACUCAGUUGUUUACAAUACGUCACCCGAUGAAGAGUGAAGUGAAGUAACUGCCAUCUAGUUGGCUACAUCACUCUAUUGGUUUGUUCAUGUAGCGUGGAUCUGCUAGUUUUUGAGGUAAUGUUAAGUUUGGAGACAGCAGUAAGAGGACAUUAAACAAUCUCUAAGAUUUGCCUGGAAAGUAGAUUGAGGACGCAUUAGAUCUCGAUCUCAAUCUAAAAUCGUCCGAUUGCCCGCCCCUCCACUUUAGGCAUCUUUUUUGUCUCGCCAUGGGAAAGUGAUGUUUUGCUGGCUACCACUGUACUGGUGUCACCCUCAGUGUUACUAUUAUUAAGGAGAUUAUUAAAAAAAUGUUAAUAAAUAUAUGUUUGCACUGAUAAAGGAAAGGGAAUGAUCUGGAAAGUGUAAUGCUGCGAGCACUGAAAACCAAAUAAAAAGCAACUAUAUGUAGCAUAGCGGAGCGAUUGAGAAUUUAAUAUAUGUACAGAAAAUGUGAGCAUAUACAGGAGUAACACAAAGCUAAGGCUGCCUGAGCCGGUUUUUCACAGCUCAAAAUAGUGCUGAAAGCACUUUCAUAUUCUAGCCAACUCUGAGAUUCUGCUUCUUUGGGGAGAUGCAGGCUUUUAGGAGGUCUGUAUUAAAUAAGCAAAUUAUUUUGUAGGACAUCAUACGAUUCAUUUCAGUAGAAAUGCGAUAUUUCUGCUUUUUUUUUAUUAAUUGGACUGUAUUUGACUUUAAAGAUAAUUAUUUAAAAAAAGAUGUUGAGGUGGAAUUGCAGCAGUGUUGCCAAAGCAGUUAGUUUUGUUGUUGUCAAGCCAUUGACUGCUCUCUGCUGAAGUUGUCAUAUAUUAUUGCACAUAAUGAGAAAUUAAAAACAGGGAGCUAUAUUAUGAUGUGAAGUAAAAUAAAAUAUUCACCUUUAUAUAAUCAGCAAUGUUCAUACAACUUAUGACAACAGCCAUUAAGAACUGAAGUCCAGCGUUAUUAUAUGAUAUGAUAGUAUGGAUGAAAAAAAUCCUCUUACUAUCUUAUUGUGGUAAAACAAGUUAUUACGCUGGACAAGGCUAGCUCAAGAGAAACAAAAUAUGCAUCCAAUGUAUAAAAAUUUUGCUCUGUAAAAGGAUUUCAUAUCUAAUGUGCACUAUAUCAACAAGGGGAGGGGUUCAAACCAAAUUACCAUGAUGUGCUGAAGCGGUAUGUCUUAAUUGUGUACACUGCCAUUUUGUUGUUUGUUAUUUUUUAUGUGAAUUUAUGUCAAUAUCAGUGUGAUUGUAAAUAUGUUCAUAAGAAAUUCUAGAAACAAUGUCAUGAAGAAAAGUAUGGAGAGAAAAAACAACACUUUCAGUAUUGUGGAUUAUCUUUAUGUUUGUCUGUGUCAUUAAAAUAUACCGUAAGAAAACA